AUGGGCGCGUUCCGACAGGCGGCGGGCGGGGCCUGCGGAGGAGGCGGGACUAAGCGGACGCCACCGUUUAAUCCGGCCGUUAUGCCGUUCGGCAGCCGCCCCGCACGGCAGGCUGGGCGAGGCAGCGAUGCCUGGGAGGGGAGCCCGGCCGUCCUCUCUGGGGCCAUGUCCGGAGCCGGGGCAGGCCGGGGCUUCUGCAAGCGGGUGCUGGUGACCGGCGGCGCCGGGUUCAUCGCAUCUCAUGUGGUGGUUUCUCUUGUGGAAAACUAUCCAAACUAUAUGAUUAUUAAUCUGGAUAAGCUGGACUACUGUGCAAGUUUAAAGAAUCUUGAGAUAAUUUCUGGGAAACCAAACUACAAAUUCAUCCAGGGGGAUGUCUGUCACCACAACUUUAUAAAAACACUGUUUGAGACUGAAAAAAUUGAUAUAGUAUUACAUUUUGCAGCGCAGACACAUGUAGAUCUUUCAUUCUGGCACAAACUUGAAUUUGGCUACGUUAACGUUUAUGGAACUUGCGUUCUGGUUGGGGCUGCUUACGAGGCCCAUGUGGAGAAGUUUGUAUAUGUUAGCACGGAUGAAGUUUAUGGCGGAAGCUGUGAUAAGGAAUUUGAUGAAUCAUCACCUAAACAGCCCACAAACCCUUACGCAACAUCUAAGGCAGCCGCUGAAUGCUUUGUCCAGUCUUAUUGGGAAAGGUACCAGUUUCCAGUGGUCAUAACGCGGAGCAGCAACGUUUAUGGACCCCACCAGUUCCCAGAAAAAGUUAUUCCGAAGUUUAUUUCCCUUUUGCAACAGAACAGAAAAUGUUGCAUUCAUGGUUCAGGACUUCAGAGGAGGCAUUUCCUUUAUGCCAGUGACGUAGCAGAAGCAUUUCUUACUGUGAUGAAGAAAGGACAGCCGGGUGAAAUCUAUAACAUUGGGACCAGUUUUGAGCUGUCUGUGACACAGCUUGCCAAGGAAUUAAUCCAUCUAAUAAAGAAUACUAGUUCAGAAUCCGAAACAGAAUGUUGGAUGGAUUAUGUUAAAGACAGACCCACGAAUGACUUGGGGUAUCCGAUGAACUCUGGAAAAAUGCACAGCUUGGGCUGGAGACCUAAAGUACCUUGGAAGGAAGGAAUAAAGAAGACAAUUGAAUGGUAUCAAGAGAACUUCCACAACUGGAAGAAUGCAGAGAGAGCUCUGGAGCCUUAUCCUGUCGUGGAAGAAUCGGGAUGACUCAUUGCGCGGUGAAGCU